AGGACUCGUCCACUUCUCUUGCAGAGGUGUUGGAUGGUGGACAACAAGGUAGAAAGCACCAGGAAGUGGCAACCACAGGCGCACCUCCUGUAGCAGGCGCGAAGCAAGACAUAGCGAAAGCGCGACAGGACGUCCGAAAGGAACAUCCGGACUUGUACAACGCCAUGUUGUAUUUGAUGGCACAGGACGUCGCUAUCCCAUCACAAAAAUCCCAGCAACAGUCCGGUGCGGUCACUGUUGCUACAGCGCAGAAGCAGAACAAUAGCAAGGGUGGUGGAGGAGCUUCAUCAGCAAGCAACAAUAGACACAACAACAAGCAGCCCUGUAGUUCAUCUACCGCAGCCCCCGCGCCGGUGCAGGUAGCGCGCAUGCCCUUGGUGGCGUACGACAAAACCCGAGAUGCGUACCAGGCGACAAAGCUGGGCACGGCGAUUGUGCGUUCCGGCAUGGAUAUUGAGACGGGGUACCAAACCUACGACAUGCUGAUGGCGAUGCGGAAGAAGCUUUUGACAGAGACGGAUCUGCACGUGUGCUACAUGUGCACUCCGUUCGCGAGCACGUACCAUGCGAGUGAUAAGAACAAAGCGGGCCACGUCGGCGGUCUGGUGGAAAACAAGGGGACGAUACUGCACACAAACACGACGAGCAAGAACAGCAAGGGGGGAGGAGGUGCUGGGGCACC